AUGGGCUUUAUAUGUCUUCUAAAAAUAUCUUUCUGCCUACUUUUUCUGUAUUUUCAUGCGGGGACAUCUGCUGCCCGGUUCAUUGAAAGGGUUCAUGGAGGUAAUGAAUAUUUAGAAAAACUCAAAUUCGUGAAAAAUAACGAAACGGCCGCAAACUACUCCUACUUUAACACCUCCUACGACUACCACAAUGACCAUAACGACGACGAUGGUGGCGACUACGUUGACUACUUCCCGACGCCAGUUAUCAGCCAGCAGACGCGGCUCCAACCGAGAGGGCAGGUGCUGGCUACAAGAGAAUGA